AUAGUGCUCAGACAGUCAGACUCAGUUCCCAACAGUACCUUGUCAGCGGAACAACUUGGUAAGAGUUCGAACGUAGGUGGGAGAUUAAUAAUCGUUCUCUAGGUAAAGCCUUUAAGGGCGCCAUGCUCCUGCGAAAAACAAUAAGUAAUCUACGAAGUGUUUCGUACCACCAUGGUUCCUCCCCGGUUCUCAGGAAGAGUUACGACGCACUUGUAGUUGGAGGUGGUCACAAUGGACUUGUUGCUGCCUUUUAUCUUGCCAAAGCUGGGAAAAAAGUUUGUGUGCUGGAACGACGUCAUAUUGUUGGUGGGGCAGCAGUUACAGAAGAGAUAGUGCCUGGAUUUAAAUUUUCCAGAGCUUCCUAUGUCUUGGGGUUACUAAGACCAAAAGUUUACCAUGAUAUGGAUUUAAAGCGUCAUGGACUGAAAGUGUAUCCAAGGGACCCCAGUUCAUACACACCUUUACAUGAGAACUACUGGAAAAAGACCACAGGAACAUCAUUAACACUUGGGCCUCAUGAAGAUCAAAACUUUCAGCAAAUCUCUCAGUUCUCUGAGAAAGAUGCAAAGUCUAUGGUCUCCCUGGAAAAUCAACUAAAUAAGUGUGCUGAAGCUAUAGCACCCCUACUAGAUAACGUACCUCCAGAUGUUGGAAAAUUAUUUGAAUCAAACUUUCUGGAUAAGUUCAAGGAGGUCAGAAAGUUUGCUCCAUUAAUGCAAGCAGCAACUACAAUUGGGAAAGAUUUCCCUCAGUUUUAUGAACUUAUGACUGCACCUGCAAGACAAAUAUUGGAGAGAUGGCUGGAAUCAGAACCUCUUAAAUGCACGUUAGCUACAGAUAGUGUGAUUGGAGCCAUGAUAAGUCCAAGCACUCCUGGAAGUGGAUAUGUGCUAUUGCAUCAUGUAAUGGCUCAAAAUGGAGCACUAGGAAAUUGGGCUUACCCGGAAGGAGGCAUGGGAGGUGUAACGCAAGCCAUGGCACGAGCUGCAUCAGAGGCUGGGGCUGAUAUAUUUACUAACCAACCAGUCAAAUCUAUUAUACUGGGUUCAAAAGAUGAAGUAGUUGGUGUUGAAACAGAUGAUGGAAACAUUAUUUAUGCAAAGACUAUACUGUCCAAUGCAACAGCUCAUGUAACUUUCUUGGAACUACUCCCUUCUGGAUCGCUGCCAAGAGACUUUGAGGCUUCAAUUAAAGCUUUAGACUAUACUUCACCAGUGUGCAAGAUUAAUGUUGCUCUGAAGUCGCUCCCAAAUUUUAGAGCAAAUCCUAAUGUAGGGCCAAACUCAGUUAUGCCACAUCAUCGCUGCACAAUACAUCUCAACUGUGAAGACAUUGAACUAUUAGAAGGAGCUUAUUUUCAAGCACUUAAAGGCAAGAUACCAGACAAUCCCAUGAUAGAAAUGACCAUUCCCAGUAGCUGUGAUCCAACUUUAGCACCUCCGGGAUGUCACGUUGCCCUGUUUUUCACUCAGUAUGUUCCAUAUAGCGGAGCUGAUGGCAGACCUUGGGAUGAGGAUUUGAAAAGAGAAUAUGCUAUGAAGAUAUUUAGUAUUGUGGAUCAGUAUGCUCCAGGCUUCACCAACAGUAUUGUUGGAUAUGAAGUUCUUCCUCCUCCUGAAUUAGAAAAAAUUUUUGGCCUCACUGGAGGGAAUAUUUUUCAUGGUGCAAUGAGUCUCAAUCAGCUCUUAAUAUCAAGACCAUCAUCACUACAACCAAGUCCUUUCACUCCAAUUGCUGGCCUCCUUUUGUGUGGAUCUGGUGCUCAUCCUGGAGGGGGAGUUAUGGGAGCUCCUGGGCGUCUUGCAGCCCUCUCAGCUCUGACGCUUUGAUUUUGCUAAAAAUUAUAAGAUUUAUUUAUUCUGUAAAUGUGCUUUAUUAUUUGCUAAGUAUUUUAUAGUGAGCCAGUUUUUUUUAUGGAGACUAAUCCUCUUGGUCUGGAGGCAAGACAAACCCAUUGGAUCAGGGUUACGAGUUAGAUUUGGUUAUUGAUGUUAAUGCUUCAACAACAGCGUAUAAUGAGAUUUUUUGGAGGGAUUGUGUAUCGGACCCACCUUUCUUAAAACACUUGAACAGAAUAUGAAUUUCCAUUUAUAUUGUUUUCAUUGUUGUAACUUACUUUCUGACAGACAUUAAAGCUUAAAGCAAGCUUUUGAAUCUGGAAUUGAUAAUUUUGAUUUGCAAUAGUUGGGUUGUAGAUUUUGUUAAUUUUCAGAAUAACGAUGGACUUGAAUGGGGAAAGAGGAUUCUUGUAAAAAAAUUCAUUCAACUUUCCUGUGGAUGUGUUUACAAUAACCAUCCUAAUUGUUCCUUUGACAUAUUUUAAUGACAGGGCUCUCACAGACUGAUACUUUAGUGACAUGAUUUUUUGUACAUUGCUUGCUUUUGAAUAUUUUAUUGGACUCUUCGUAGGUGUGAUGUAUGUUGCCAUUAAUUAGUUUUCUGCAUGAGACAUCUGAGAUUGAUAGUCAGUGAGAACAAACUUUGUGUAGAUACAUGAAACAAUUUUUGUUUGAAGAAGCAGGCACGUUAAUAGUGGACUUCUUUUAAAUGACAUGAGGUAUAAAGCCCCAUCACAUGAACUGUGUUUCAUGUGACGUAUCUGCGUUUCUGACGUCACAUCGAGCAAAGCUCGACUGUGUGGGCAGGGCCUUGGACUUUUUCCAAGUCAUGAGGCUUUCAGUGGGAAGUUUUUUCUUUUUUAUAUCUGCAUCGUCAUGAAAUUUGUCUUGAAACUUGAUCAGUGAUGUUAGUCUUCUCCGAAUGAAAUGGGAUUUUGAGGUUCAAAGUUAUAAAAGUUUAGUUUUUGUCUCAGAGAAAUCAGUUUAGUUAAAAUUACUUUAAAUAGGUUGAUAUAAUUUCCUUUUUCACAAAAUUAAUUUUGAAAUCUUUCAUAGAGUAGUCUCUUUGAAAUUCUAUAAAGGAUAAGUAACUAAGUACUUUAGCUUAUCCAGCAGGGUGAUUUGUAGGGUAUUUCUUUAAUGUUUAAAUUCCUUGAGUGAACUGAUGUAGGACAGACGCAUAAUUUUUGCUUUGAAAGUUUGAUAUACUGCUAUGGAUAAAAUAGUUAUUUUAAGGUUACUUUGGUUUUGUAUUUUAGUAAGACAAUUCAAGUGAAAAAUAUUUAAUCCAUCAUGUUAUGCAAACAGUUCCAUAUCCAGUCACUUUGUUAUAUUUGUAGGGCUUGUCCAAGUAACUGCUAAUAUGAGAACUUUUUUUUACUUUUAAUUACACAGUUACUUCCCAGCACCUCUUCUGUCCUACAUUCAUUGCUCUCGUCCUUUUACUUUUCAUCUGCUCCCCUCGCAUCUUUCCAGCUAGCUCUUCAACUUCUCUUGCUAUAAUAUAUAAGAAAAAACCCUUUGGUCAUGCCAUAUUUGAGUGUAAGUGUGACAAUGAUUUUCAUUAAUGUGGCAAAUUGCCUGGAUGUUGUCUGCUAAAGUCGACUCCAAGAAGAAUGUCACUGAAAGUAGGUUAAACACACAGAGAGGCUAGACAGGUAGAUUAGAUAACUUUUAUUUAAAACUUUUAUUAAAGAAAUUGUAGGGUGUGCCUGCAAAGGAGUUACUGUCUAACAGGCAGGUAGAGAUUAUGGGGAAGGUCCAUCAUGUAGCAAUAAAGUCCUGGGGAUAAGGAAUUUUAAUUCAAUUCUAAAAGAAGGACAGAUUUUGUAUUUGACUGGCUUCCUUGACUCAGGGAUCACAUAAUUUUGUAAACAUAUUUUUUUGAGUAAGAUUGAAAUUUCUUUUCCUCUGGGGUUAUAUGGCGUAUAAUUUUGAGGGAUUUUGUCCAUUAAUUUAAAGCUUGAACAUAUUAAAAUUGUCAUAAUUGGAUUAAUUGGAAGUGAAGAUGACAAAAUUUGUUUCCAAAAUACAUCAUCUAGAUAAUUAUUUGGACAUUCACAUGAAAAAUUUUCAAUUGUCAGUGCAACUUUACAUAUUUAUAAAAGGAUUAGAUCAUUUGGGCUAUUCAUCCAAAAUCCAUGGGUCUUUAAAAGUAACUUAAUUCUAAGAAGUUGAAAUUACUUUUUUUUUUUUGCCAUUCCUUUACAAGAUAAUUCUGUAUACCAUUGGGCUUGGUCCAUUUAAUUAUAAUUUCCACCACUGUCGCAAGGAAACCCUCCUCCAUCUCUGUCUCUCAAUAUCUACAUCAUCUGGAAGAUAAUUCUAUAUUCAAUUGGGUUCGGUCCAUUUUUUUUAUAUAUAUAAUUUCCACCACUUUGUAGCAAGAGAACCUUCCUUCUCAAUGUCUCAAUCUCUGCAUCAUCUGGAAGACUAAAAACAUUACAACAUUCCAAGUAAUUGAAUAGAUGACGAAUUAAGUGAAAUGGCAGGUAGCAGGAUGUGGCCAAAAAGUAAAGUGAGUGCCUACCAACUACAAAUAUCCACCUUGCCUAGAGUUUGUGUUUAGGAAAAAUAGAAAUCUUUAGUCUUACAUUAUUUCAUUCUUGUCCUACCCUAUGCACUUUUUCAUCGAGGUGGAGGCACUGCAAACACGGAACCUUAUCCAAAAACUAAAGUCCUCGACUGCAAGAAAAAAAGCAAACUUAAUGAUCAAGUUUAAAAGACACAUCAGCAGUGUCUUUGGAGCAUGUUACGACACCAUACACCAACAAACCAACUGAACACACUGGGCAAGUUUUCUGUCGGAACUCAAUUGGCCUGAGUAGUACCAAGUUCAUAAUCUUCACUAGAAAAAGAAAAAAAAAUUCAAUGCAGGCCUCCUGCUCUGAAGCAUAUAAUUAGGGCUUAGGUUUUCCAGACCUCUGAGUCUUAAGUAGACUCUUCUCGGGCUGGUUCUCAAGGAUUAAUCCUGAGAAGAAGGAUAAGAAGAAAAAAAACUAAGAAACCUGUCUUAUUUUAAAAAUUUGUUAAUUGAAAAAUCUUUGCUUUCAGCAAGAAUACUUUAAAUUUUUGAAUUCCGUAGAUAAAUUGAUCUUUGUUUGGCCCAAUUUGGGCAUUCAACAAUUAAAUGCUGCACUGCAGCAUAUAUAAAGAUUGUAGCAAUUACACCCUCAUACAAGUGCAAAAAUCUGUGAUACAAUGGAAGUUGGUACUGAAAAUCCUCACAAAUAAAUGAAAUGGAGGAAAUUAGAAUAAGGAAACAAACUUGAAAGAACUACAGUAACUGACUGCACAGAAAACUGAAAAAUGUAGGUAAUCCAUUAUAUUGUGAAACGGGUAAGAGGGGGUAACUAUCUUGCACAAACCCUGAAAUUUUCACCAUAAAAUAACCUUUACUUUACAGAUUAGUACAUGACUGCACAGAGUGGAGAGAAAAACCACUGUACUAUAUACGUAUAUGAUUGGCCAACUCCCCCAUCCCAACAAGAAGCUACCACUUCUCAUUCGUCUGCGUUCAAGUGUGAGACAGAGUGGGUGAUGAAUAGGUUUGUAUGAAAGCUUGUUUUGCAAAGUUGUUCAUAACCCUGAACUCCAGAAAGGGGUAUCACACUUGAAUGAGCUUGUAACAGAUGAAUAUUCAGACAACCCAGUGACAUAGCCCAAGCACCUAAGCUCUACUAAAAAUUGUAGCUGAAAAUUGCUCAAUGUCUCAUGCUGACAAAAACACCCAAAAUGACACAAAAAACAAUCCAUGGACUCAAGGAUAACAAGGAGUUAGUUGAAAAAGACUAAAAAAAAUAACACUAGGUGGCAAGUGGUGCCACUCGCCCAGAAGGAUAAAAUGCUAAAACUUGUAUUUUCAAGUCUAAAUCACAAAUGCAAAAAAAACUUUGAAUACCUGUGCACAACUGAGAUAGCAUGCACGAAUGAUGCCUUGGAGGAUAAUGCAGUAUGGUGAAGUUGGAUGCAUUGUGGUAUUCAUCUUUCAGGGUGUAACAUCCUAUUGUGACAUUUGUAGGUGAAUGGGUAAUGUUAAUAAAUCAGUUCUCAGGCUUUGUUACCUCAAAGUAAUUUUUGAUACUGAUGUCAUAGCUUAAAAAGAAAAAUAUGAACAAAUUGACCAAGUGAUUAGGAAGGCGACUCCAAGUGGGAUGACCCUUUGGAUUUAACAAAGGAAAAUAAU